GACAACGCAACACAGCCCGCCCAGGACAGCAGUGAACUGAUGCGCAAUGUCUGUACUUGUAUUCUGAGGACAAAUUCCUGUCACGUCAAUGAACUUCCGGCCGGUUUCCUGAUUGCCCACCGAAAUCCAAUAUAAAAAUGCGCAACCUAAGAAAUAUCCGCUUCGCGGAAAUCCCACUUCCAGAGGGGCUCCCCCUAACUGCGACUGCGUGGGAUCCCACCACGGACUCCGUUCUCUGUGCCUUUGGUCCAACAGAGACCAGUGCUGUUAUUGAACUGAGGCGCAAAGAGGAGGAUGCAUAUAUCAGUUCAAGCCUGGAGCUCCCGCUUGUCGCCUCGUGGGACGCGCUAUGUCCUCUCCCAGAGCUAAAAUGCGAUCGCAUUUUGUCAAUGCAAUAUUUUGCGGAUACCCUCUCUACGUGUCUAGUUCUCGAAGGAGGAGAUAUCAUCGUUGUGCGUGAGGAGCCACAGCCCGAAGAAGACAAAAUUGAAAUUCUUGGAUCUGUGGAUGUUGGGAUUACGGCCGCUGCUUGGGCGCCAGACGAGGAGCUCCUGGCGAUUACUACGAGAUCUAAUACGUUGCUUUACAUGACCCGUGAUUUUGAAAAUAUUGCAAACAUUUUAUUUUCUCCCGAGGACCUCAAGAUCUCGAGACAUGUCUCCGUGGGAUGGGGAAAGAGAGAAACUCAGUUCCAGGGGAAACGGGCCAAAGCUCUGCGGGACCCAACGAUGCCGGAGAAAGUUGACGAGGGGAAAUUAAGCGACCUGGACGAUGGAAAGACCUGCAUUAGUUGGCGAGGGGACGGUGCCUUCAUUGCUGUGAACAGCAUCGAAUCCGGAUCUCGACGUGUAAUCCGUGUAUUCUCUCGGGAGGGCGCUCUGGACAGCGUCAGUGAGCCGGUGGAUGGACUGGAAGGGGCUUUAAGCUGGCGCCCUGCUGGUAACCUGAUUGCCGGCAUACAGCGCCUUGAGGAUCAUAUCGAUGUUGUCUUUUUUGAACGAAAUGGCCUUCGUCACGGUCAAUUUCCGCUUCGGCUGGAAAUGGAAGAUAGAGACACUUGGGCUUCAUCUAUCGACCUGGCCUGGAACGUUGACUCAACUGUGUUGGCUGUCUUAUUCAGGGACAGAAUUCAACUCUGGACAAUGGGAAAUUACCAUUACUAUCUUAAGCAAGAAAUCCCGCUCACUUCCGAGUCUGAUCAAACUGAGCUUCUUCGUACAUUCCGCUGGCACCAUGAAAAGGCGACACGAUUUGUGACUGCUUCUUCAAGAUCAAUGAUCGACUCGGAUUGGGUUUUCGAUGUUUCGCGAGGUUCAAGUGUACUGCCCAAUGAUUUUGGCGCGGUUGGAGUCAUCGACGGGAAAACGUUAAAGCUUUCUCCAUUGAAAGUCGCUACGAUCCCCCCUCCGAUGGCUCUUUGCGAAAUGCCUUUAGAUUAUAAUGCGGUAGAUAUUGCAUUUAGCAAGUCAGGGACGAAAAUCGCAGUCUUGACCAGUGAAGGCAUCGCCAUAUAUUCAUGGCAACUUCGAACCUCACCGCCACCGGAACCGAGUCUUGAUUAUUUCUACCCAUUCCCACAGAUGUCAAAGCGGCCGAGACACAUCGCGAUGUUGGACGAAAACAUUAUCUACGUGCUGAUGCAAACCGACAUGUUUUCGGAAGAGGUAGAAAGGAUUGAUAUUGACACGAAGGAAGUAACAAUCGUCCUAUCGUCGACGGAGUCUGAUCGACUUGUAUCAAUCUUCCCUAACCUCGAGCAAAGUAUGCUCUGGAUUGCACAAGCAACUCCAGGUCGUAAACAUUUCUCAUACUCUUACAUCUCGAACGAAGGAGGCAAUGAUGUAUCCCCCAGUUCCUGGCCUGAGAGCCCAGCUCAGGAGACAAGCUGGGCGGCUGCAACGACAUCUACAGAAAACAGAGACGUCCUCUUCUCGCUUUCGAGAUCUGGUUCCCUCUAUGCCAACAAGAGGCUCCUUGUAAAGAACUGCACGUCAUUUUUGAUUACCCCCGCGCAUCUCAUCUUCACUACAACUCAACAUCUGCUGAAAUUUGUCCACAUAACAAACGUUGAUGACCUUGAAAUACCAGGAGAUGUUCCUGAAGCCGAUGAGCGUUGUAGAAGUAUCGAGCGAGGCGCACGAUUGGUUGCUGCUAUGCCAUCUAUCUUCGCCCUGACGCUGCAAAUGCCUCGUGGGAAUAUCGAAACCAUUUACCCUCGCGCGCUGGUUCUCGCUGGAAUACGGAAAUAUAUUGAGAACAAGAAGUAUCGGUCCGCAUACCUUGCAUGUAGGAGCCAUAUGGUGGAUAUGAACAUAUUGCAUGACUAUAUGCCAGAUCAAUUUAUGGCCAGCAUACAGUUAUUUAUUGACCAGGUGAAACGAAUUGAUUUUAUCGAUGAGUUUCUAUCUCGUCUGAGGGAUGAAGAUGUCUCCGAAACUCUGUAUAAGGACACUCUGAAAAUUGCACAUACCGAAGCGAAGGACGCUACUGCGAAGCCUGAACAGACCUCCGGCCUCCUACCUACAAUUUCCACACCAAAUAAAGAAAACAAGGUCAACAAAAUCUGCGAUGCAUUUUUGUCGGUUCUCUCAAAUCGGGUCGCGACCAAUCUUCAGAAUCUUGUCACAGCUUAUGUCUGUAAAUCUCCACCGGACCUGGAUGCUGGUCUUCAGCUUGUAGCAAAAUUGCGUGAACAAAGUGCCGAACAAGCCGAAGAAGCAAUUGAGCACAUGUGUUUCCUGACAGAUGCAAAUAGGCUUUUCAGCAAUGCUCUUGGUUUGUAUGACCUCGAGCUCACCUUGCUCGUGGCCCAGCAAGCACAGAGGGAUCCGAGAGAAUACCUCCCAUUCCUUCAAAAAUUGCAAGGACUCCCUGAACUUCGCCGCAGAUACGAAAUUGACAACCACUUGGGUCGAUAUGCAAAGGCUUUGAAAAGCCUGCAUGCGCUCCACGAAUAUGACGAGUUGAAACUGUACACGAUCAAACAUACUUUGUAUCGUGAAGCGUUGGAAUUAUACAAAUAUCAACCAGAUCUCCUUCGUGACAUGACCCAGCUAUAUGCUGACUACUUGCACGACCAGUCAAAGUACAAGGAAGCAGCAAUAGCAUAUGAGUCCCUCAACCACUACGAAUCAGCCUACGAAUCAUAUAAGAUCGCAAAUAUGUGGCAAGAAUGCCUUUACUGUGCAGCCCUUGUACCCCUUUCCGAAUCUCAAAUGACGGACCUCGCUCAAUCCCUGGCCACCGCUCUUGCUGAGAUCAAAGACUACAUUUCAGCUGCCAAUAUUCACCGUGAUUACCUCCAGGAUAUCCCUGGCGCAGCACGUCUUCUCUGCCGUGGCUCAAAGUUCGGCGAAGCUUGUCGCAUCCUCGCGCUAAACGGUCAUCAUUCCCUCGUCCCCGACAUCGUUGAUGGCUCCCUUGGGGAAACCAUGGGCACAAUGGUCGAACUCCUCGCGGAUUGCCGGUCUCAGCUCCUCGCUCAAGUUCCCCGAAUCAGGGAAUUACGCAUCCGACGAGUCACAGACCCCCUAGGAUUUUUCGGUGGCGAACCCGCUGGCGGAGCUGAAGGGCUUGAUAUACCGGACAACAUUUCCAUCGCACCCACCGAUGCUAGUACCAUGGCAGGAAGGAGUAUGUUCACGAGAUACACCGGCUCAACAUCCGUUUCUCGAAAGACUAGCAAGACACGACGUCGCGAGGAGCGAAAGCGCGCACGGGGCAAGAAGGGUACCGUAUAUGAAGAGGAGUACCUGGUGAACAGUGUUCGUAGAUUGAUGGAGAGGGUUAAUAGUGCUGUUGAGGAAGUAGAAGUCUUGGUACAAGCGAUGCUGAGACGGGGUAUGCGAGAGAGAGCUGCGGUGGUGGAGCAGAACCUCGACGAGGUAUUGACCAUGUGUAGGGGUUGUGUGGAGGAGAUAUUUGAAAUCAAGCCUCAAGCAGUGCCUGGUACCGAAGGAUCAGAAGAAGCCGAGCCGAAUGGAGGAGCGGUUCAGAGGGUUACGACGGGGGCAGAAGGUGUAUUUUGGGACACCUUGGAAGCAAAUGCGAAACCGAAAGAGCCGCCCGUUGUGAGAGAAUUUAAGAAACUGGCGCUACUGAGUGGUUAA